GAUAAAUUUUGUUCAAAGAAUUAUAUUCAGAUACCGUUAGAAAUCCAUCAACAAAUAUUUGUUCAGUCUAAAACCCCUAAUUCUCUUCCGGCGACUCCCGCCGUCCGACUUCGAUCUCAUCGCUGCUGCUGACCUCGUCUGAUUUCGCCAUCGCUCCUCUGUUUCUCUCAAUUUCAAAUCUCUACUGCCCUAGGUUGUGGUGUGCCAUACAUGAAGCUGCUUCGCCUUUGCCACUCAAUGGCAGUGCCUUUCGCAAUUCAUCUACGGCGACCAGCGUUUCCGUUGCACUGUCCAAUCCUUUUGUUUCCUUCAAAUCAUUUUCUAUUAUCCGCCUCUGCACAUCGUCACACCAUCACUUCCGCCAUUUCCUUCUCAACCUGUAAUCAUCAACCUUCCCCAUCCUCCGACCUCGCGGACGAUUUCCCCUCGAAACAAGGUCCUUUAAAGCCAGGAUUGUAUCUUGUUGGCACGCCAAUUGGGAAUCUUGAAGAUAUAACUUUAAGAGCCUUAAAAGUUCUGAAAUCUGCUGAUGUCAUACUUUCAGAGGAUACAAGGCAUUCAGGAAAGUUGCUUAUGUACUAUAAAAUCAGAACUCCACUUUUAAGCUAUCACAAAUUCAAUGAGUCUCAACGAGAGCAAGUUGUGCUGAAGAGAUUACUAGGUGGAGAAAUUGUGGCACUGAUUAGUGAUGCUGGCAUGCCUGGAAUCAGUGAUCCUGGUAUGGAGCUGGCCAAGUUGUGUGUAGACAAAAAUAUACCUGUCAUUCCUGUCCCCGGUCCAUCUGCUGUGGUAGCAGCUCUUUCUGCAUCUGGUUUGCCAACUAAUGAGUUCACAUUUGUUGGCUUUCUCCCUAAACAUUCCACUACAAGAAGAGAGAGGCUCAUGGUUUCUGCCAAUAGUGCAACCACACAGGUCUUUUUUGUCCCUCCUCAUAAGCUCUGUCAGUUCCUAGAGGAGUCGUCUUCGAUCUUUGGAAACUCAAGGCGUUGUGUUAUUGCUCGGGAGAUGACCAAACUACACGAAGAAUUCUGGAGGGGUACUCUUGGGGAAGCGAAUGAAGCAUUCUCAACCCAUCAACCAAAGGGUGAAAUAACACUGAUGAUAGAAGGGAUGAUAAGUGAGGAUGACCAACUCUCCGAUUCUCAACUGGAGAAUAAGUUGGAGGAAUUAAUAUCCAAAGGGCAUAGUCUCUCCACGGCAGUCAAGGUGGUAGCGUCUAGCACGUCCAUGAAAAGAAAAGCAAUAUACUCUCUUGCGCUGGAGAAAUAUGUUGAUAGGCAUCAACCGUUACUUGGAGGUGGGGCGAAUGCAAGCAAUAGAUGUCGGUUACGUGAAGGUGGAUGACAACAUCAUUAUCAUCAUCAAGUUACAUGAAGGAUAUGUGUUAGUAUUAUUUCCAUUAUGUGUUGUGAUCAGCAGAGAGUAGGAAAACACUAUAUAAUGGUCAUUGUUGUUUGAGUAGAAGGAUUUUUUUUAGUGUAGGGACGGCAUUCUGCCAAGGGCCUUCGUUGAAGAAGUUUUUUUUACAAAGAUCAGCAUAUAUAUGAGGACAUUUUUUACAUGUAUGAAAAGAGCAUGAUUCCAAGAAUUUGAGAACUA